GCACCACCAAAGAAACAGCCAAAAACAAUAGAGAAUAUGCGGGUACCAGAUGAAACAAAGGUUGAUCCGGACAAUGAAGAGGCAAUGAUAAGCCUUCAAACAGAUGAAAUGGCUCCUCACUUCAACCAAGAGACAACUCCCAAGAUUUUGAUCACCACUUCGGAUAGGCCCAGACAGAAAACCAACAAUUUUUGCAAAGAGCUGAAGAAAGUCAUUCCAAACUCAUUUAUCAAGUAUCGCCGAGGCCUGGAUUUGAAAAAGAUCAUACCACAAGCAAUUGCCAGAGAGUUUACAGAUAUCAUUGUUAUCAAUGAGGAUGCAGGAGAACCCAAUGGCAUGGUAUUGUGUCACCUGCCUGAUGGCCCAACAGCAGAGUUCAAGAUGAUGAAUACCAAACUCUGCAAGGAAUUGAAGAGGCUGGGGGAGAUGACAGAACACAUCCCUGAAGUGAACCUUCAGAACUUCACCACCAGACUUGGUCUGACUGUUGGACGGAUGCUCACCUGCUUGUUCCCCACCAGAGCCAACUUUCACGGCAGGAGAGUGGUCACGUUUCAUAAUCAGAGAGAUUACAUCUUCUUCAGGCAUCAUCGGUAUCACUUCAGAAAUGCAGACAAUGUGGGCUUGCAUGAGCUUGGUCCAAGAUUUAUUCUGCGAUUGAGAUCUUUACAGAAAGGGACUUUUGACUCUAGAUAUGGAAUGUAUAUGUGGAUUCACAAGCGCCAUGAAAUGGAUGGAAACAGGAGAAAGUUCCACCUGUGA